AUGAAAUCCAUGGAAAAUAAAAUUCACAUUGUGAUCUUAUAUGAUAGUGAUCGAGAUCUACAAUAUUUGAAUAGUCUUCUGAAAUCUAUUUUCUAUCAUCAAAAUGGAAGAUUUCGAUGUGAUUUAAAAGCUUGUUGUCUAUCAAACUUUUGUGAUCGAUUUAUGAAUGAUUGUCAAACUGUUAUGAACAAUGUAUCAACAACAUAUACAACUGUAUUUCAUUUCUUAAUAACGUCGAUUUCAUCAAAUAGUCAGUUGUUGAAUUUGAUGAAUACAUGGAAAUUACAUAAUAUGGAAUAUCAUUAUUACAAUUGCAGUAACUAUUUGGCAAAUCUUCAGUGGAUAAGCUCUAAACAUCCUGCAGGUGCUAAACCAUUUUUAAAAUUAAUGCUUACAGAGAUACUACCAACUAAUAUCAAUAAAGUUAUUGUACUUGACAAUGAUAUACUUCUUAACAUAGAUAUUAUUGAAUUAUGGAAUCACUUUGAAAAUUUCAAUGAAAUUCAGGGUUACGGGUAUAAUAAUGGUGUACUAUUAUUCGAUUUGUCUAAAAUACGAUUAACUUUAUGGAAUGAACUAUGGAUAGUUAUAACGAGAAAUGCAUUGGAUACUCAAGGUUACUUGACAACUGGAGAGCAGGAUAUUUUAAACUUAAUAUUAUUCGAAUUCAAAUACAUUCUAUAUGAGAUUCCAUGUGAAUGGAAUAUUCAAUUAAGUGCAGGAAGUGAUGAACAACGAUGUCCCGUAAGUUGGUUAACUUAUACCGAAUUGAAAAAACGUAAUUAUUCAACAAUUUUUAAACAACCAAAGCUCAUUCAUAUUAAUCAUCUUAUUAAACCAAAUGAUAUAUUACUGAAUGAAAUCCCAAUUGAAUAUACUGAUUACUUGGAUAUUAUCCUUAAACAGUAUGAACUAUAUGGCAAAUUCGUGUCAGUAUACCGUCAAUAUACUCAAUUACAUGAAUCAUGCUUCCAAUAG